AGUCUUGGCGUAAACUUCAAAGUGUGCGGUGCGAGUGGUGCGCGCGUCAGCUGGCGGGAACAAAUGAAACGGCAAAAUGAACGAACCUUAAGUUUAUUGUAAUUACUUAGUAUUCUAUAAAAUUCAAGCGGGAAUGAAGAUCAAACGAGGCAGAACGUUAAAGAAGAAUAAAUAUGCCGUUUAUUCAGCGCAUUGUCGAGCCAAUUUACCUGAGCCGGCAGAGUUUGCACAAGGAAGAAAGCGCGUCGGUGGUCACGGAAUAUGAAUUGGAAGCAGUGACGAAUAAUACGCUCAGCAAUGCGUUGCGACAGUUGGCUUCGCUAGUUGUUAUAGCAAACGACAUAUUCGAUGACCUCGCUAAACAGCUUCAAGAUGUUUCCGAAAGGGCGACCAAACUACGGACAAGGAUUGACCUCAUCGAGGAGAAGGUGUCGGCGUUUGAUCCCAAAACUGUCACAGUCCCGGAGGGCGACCUGUGCGACUUCAGCGCGCGCGCCACGCACUUCGCGGCGCGCCGCGCCGCGCCGCAGGCUCUGUUCUCGGCGGAGACGCGGCCGGCCGCGGUGCGCCGGCUGUACGAGUCUGCGGCACGCACGCCGGUGCCGCUGAUGCGCCAGCUGGACCGCCACCGCGAGGACGGCCGCCGCUGCUCCCGCUUCUUCCUCUGCACGCCCGUGCUGGGGCAGCGCCGCCGCCGGCACGCGCGCCUGCGCAGCGCCGACAUCGACAUCGAGACGCGCACCCCGGCGGCGGUGGCGGCGCUGCGGCGCUGGACGAGCGCCGAGGCGCUGGGUGACGUCACGGUGCUGCCAGACUGCAGCGUGCGGCUGCCCCCCGCCAGCGAAGCCGACGCCGACGAGACGGACCACCGCCUGCCGUCGCCCGAGGAGCAGCUCGCCACGGUGGCGCUGAGGUUCCCGGGUCACGUGGUCGCUGUGGACGUGUCGGGGCGCGCCUUCCAGCGGAUGUCACUGGUCCGCAGGUCGCAGCAGCUGGGCCCGGGGGCGGGCCGGGAGGCGGCCGGGGGCGGCGGCGGCGGCGGUGGCGCAGGGGGCGGCGGCGGCCGGGCGCGCCGCUCCAGGCACAAGCGCCGCAACACGCUCGCCGGCACAGACCGCCGCGAGAUCCGGCAGGCGCUCGCCAGGGAGGCGGAGCGCGAGGCGGCGGAGGCGGCCUCGGCGCCGGCGGGGGCGACGCUGCGUCCUGCCGCCAGCUCGGACCUGCUGUCACCGCGCCCGUCCACGUCCGCGUCGUCGACGCCCGAGGGCGACUCGGGCUCGGGCACCGGCAAGAAGCUGUCGCACCUGCGCAGCCUGAAGCAGUGGGCGGGCAGGGCCAAGCUGCGGCUCACGCGCCGAGACUCCACCCCCACCCCGACCCCCGCUGCCGCCCCCGCGCCGCCCCCAGACGCCGCCCUCGCAGCUCCUGCGCCGCCGCCGAUGCCGACGCAGCCGUCCGGUUCGCAGCCCCACGCCGACCACGCCGUCAACGUCUACGAAAGCGUCGGUUCCCAUCUGCCUAUCGCCGCGUCCUCGGGCCCGCUGAGCGUGGCGGUGAAGCUGCGAGAGAAGCGUGACCAGGCGCCGCCGCUGCACUCCUCGUCGGGCAACUGGUCCGCCAGCUCGGAGAGCGGGCGCGCCUCCCUGGGCUCCAGCACCAGCACCAGCCACCAGCCCAGGUCGACGACGACGGUGUCGUCGGCGACGGGCGCGGGCCACGCGCUCAACACGUCGGCCAGCUCGUCGGGCACGCUGACGCCCGACCUGGCGGCGAGCAUCGCUGACCAGGACUCGAGCUCGGUGUACUCGUGCGACACGGAGGGCUACUACACGUCGUUCCACCUGGACAGCGGGCUGAAGCCGCUGCGCGAGGAGGACCCGGUGGCGGUGGCGGCGGCGGCGGCGGCUGCGGCCGGCUGCCCGCCCCUGGCACCACCGGGCGUCGCGCUGGGGCCCACCGGGACGCUGCUGCCGCAGCAGGCGCUGCACACCACCUGCGCGCUCUCCACCGGCGGCUCGCCCAACCGCACGCUCACCGCCGACUCCGAGUACGAGCUCUUCGGCAAGGGCUCCACGAGCACAACAACCAGCUCUGCAGGCACCGUCUGCACGACGCUGCAGCUGUCAGAGGGCAGCCCCGCCACGGGGCCAGCUGUUCCCGAGCGCAAGAGCUCACUGCUGGUGGCUGCUGACGUGCAUGCGGACUCCCCCGACUCGGGCCACAACACCUCCAGCUCACCAGCGCAAUCUGCAAGCCCGCCCGGCACCCUUACUGUCAGGUCACGGUCGCGAUCAUCGGACUGUGACUUCUCUGAGUCUGACCUGGAGGCAGUAGAGCGUGUUGAACGCAUCCGCGUGAAGACGGCCAUCAAUUCGAGUCGCAUCCCGUCCAUGUGUGUUAUCACACCACCACAGUCAGAUGAUGAGGCAGGCACAGGUGCCUCUGCACCUUCAUCUCCACCCAUGCAGCAGAGGGCACCACAGACAGCCGCUGCGGCCAGCAGGCGACCAGCCUAUGAGAAGCAGCUCAGCUCUGAUUCAGAGUCCGACUGGGCCGCUAUUGUGCGCAAGGAGCGCAGGCCGCAUCUUAACCUCAACGGUGUCAUCGGAAAGGUUAAGGACGCCUUCACGGGAAAGAAGUCGCCCGAAUCGCAGCCUGCUCCAGCUCACACGCCGGCACCGACGACGACGGCCACGGCCCAACAGGACGCGGGCGACUACGUGACCAUUGCUGACGUGCGGCCUCACACCAAUUGCAAGCCAAGCUCGCCGCGGCUUUACUCGAACACAGCAGUGGUGGCAGCGUGCCGACCGACGGAGUACGUCUCCCUGAACGAGCUGCCACCACCUGAGACGACGAGAUCCGGUGCGCCUCUGGCUGCCUCUCCACCGCCAGGCGACUCCCUGGAGCGCCGGCGCCGUCAGGGUGCACGAGUCACGCUUGACUCGGAAGGCCGUGUCGUUUACUCCUCGGACAGCCUUCGGCGGCGAGGCAAGACAGGACACACCACCUUCGAGCCGGGCCCGUAUGUCAAGGAGCCGUCAGCAGCGGGCAGCCCCAUGAUGGGCCACCGCACUGCUGCCACCGCCAGCCACCCGCCGCCCACCUCUCCGCAGCUGGGCAAGGUGAUCAUCAGAGCAGCCACACCCGCCACCUGCGUCUCUGCACAGCGUCCACUGUCACCGCCACCUGCGCAGCAGCAACAGCAACAACAGCAGCAGCAGCAGCAGCCGCAGCAGCAGAGGCCUGGGGCCUACGUUAAUGUGCAGUCUCCUACGCGCAGUGCACCAGACAGUCGUGACACCGAAGAAGGACGAAAUCCAACUUAUGGUAAGGAACCACCAAGGUACGGCUAUUCUCCACAUGCAGUGUGGUCUAAUACCACUGAUCACACACAGCAUGUUCCAUAUUCAGCUCCUCCUUACUGGACACUACCUGCCAGAAGAUCACAAGAUAAAUUGGACAUGGAGAGUUCAGGAAAACAAAUCAAUCCAAUGCAGCAAGAUCCAGGCAGCAGACGUUUCAACACUAUAGCUACCAGUAGCUGCAGGAAUUACGUAGACAGUGAAAGAAGUAAUGAACACAAAAACAUGAUGCCGUAUCAGUACAAUGUGUGUGCAACACAACUUUACUCAAAUACACACAGAGUGCCAGUGGCAACAACAAAUACACAUUCUGUAUGUGGCAUGCCAGCUUCUGUUCCUAAAGUGCCUGAGACAAAGCCACAAAAUUCUCAUCUCGCUCUGUCUAAUCAACAACGGCAACAAACAGAGAACACAAGGCAAGCAUUCUUCUCUUCUACGCCAACUAAGAGUGGAACAAUGUCCAUGGACAUGAGUACAAAUUUCUCGCCAAUUCCAAAGCAAAGUUUGCAAAAUGACAAUGGAAACACAUUCAAGGCAUACAGCAACACACAUUUGCAAGUAAACCAUGUGAGAGUUGGGUCUCCACGCCUUAUAUCACCACCUCGAACAUCCAUGACAUCAGAAGAGAUCUUUGCUGCAAUUCACAAAUCAAAAAAGCGUUUAAAUAUAAAAACAGAUUCAGACAGUUAUAGCAGGAGUGCUUCCCCAUCUUGCUCCUCUGCAACUAGUCUCUCUCCUGGAAGUUCAGAAUCCUCUCUCUGUGGACUUCAGGGAAGAGCUGCAAAUAGGUACACACCUGAAACAGGGACAUUCAACAACAGAAAUGAAAAUGGUAGAAAUCGCCACAGCUGGUCACCAAAUGCGAAUGAAGAAGAAGUUCUGCGUCAAUCGCUGAACUCGAGAUCACCUGUGCAACUUCCUGGGUCUCGACAGAGUUGGGCUUGUGACCGGUUGGCUUCUAUCCAGCAAACAUCUAGAAAUGAUUUUAAGAGACUCUUACUGCAGCAAAGUAGCAAAUCAAAUAUUUCCAGCAUAACAGGCUACCCGGGGACCAAACUAUCUGCUGUGGAACAGCUGAAGUUGUCUCGUCAGAAGAUGGUUUCUGCAACAAUCAAUACUAAUGGCUGCUACUCGUCCAGAAGUCCUGUGGAGAAGCGUAAUGGUGGACCCAAGUUGUUAUCUUCCCCUAGGACAUUAGCAACAUGGAAGUUCUCUUCACCAAGAACAGACGUCCUCUCCUCUACAAUACCAGAAGAUUGUGCAGAGGACGAGGACACGUCAAAUUCACCACAAAAUAGUCCCUCAAGGCAACAGCAGUCAAAGUUAGCAAGCACUGCAACAAGCAGUCGUGGGACUACUUUGAUGAAUCCCUCAGUGCGGAGGCCGUUGAGUGACUCUUUUGGCACAGACAAACUGACUCAACCAUCAAAUGUGGAAGCCAAUAAGACUGGAACUUCGAGGUACCAAACUAGUAUACAACAAAAAUCAAAUCUUCCAGGGCAGAGUGUAUUGAACACUAAUGCAAAAAAUUCCACAGCAAGUAAUAGGCUUUUAUUUUGCAACUCAAAAGUUCCUCCAGUGAGAUCACCAGAAAUGUUUUCAAAACAAAAUAUUAAGGAAAAUGUGAAUUCAAACCAGAUAAAUAAUGUAAGGACUUACACUAAUAAUCAGAUAAAAACAGAUAACCAUAAUCGCAUGUUAAAUACCGAGUUCAAAUCACCACAACUUAUUAUGCAGCAACAAAGCCUGUUGAAUGCCUGCACCCCAAAGAGCAAAUCCAAUGACAAAACAAAAACUAAUUAUUAUAAUGGUUCACCAGGCAGGUACAUUUUAGGAACUCUUGAAUCAAAGAGCCCCUCACCGACUCUGGAAACUGCCCUGUAAGCAUUUUCCAGUGUUAUACUGAGUCUUACUGCCUACAAAACUAUGGUGAAUGCACAUGACAAUUCUGGUUAGUAGUUAAUCCUCCUGUGGAAAUGAAAUUAGGUAUGGGACCACCACAUUUAUGAACUUAAAGCUGUUGCUCAGAUGAACCAUGCCUUGUAACAUUGCUGCUGUAUAAAGUGACGGAUAAUCAGACCCGGUUUUGAAAUGUAUGAUACUUACCACUGACCUACAUUAUAUUGCAAACACUGUGUGCUGGUGAUUUAAUUAUGUGAUAUGAAUAUCUCUCUUAAGAGUGUGAAGUCAUUUAAGCAGUCAAAUUUAUAGAAGAAAAAAAAUUUCUGGACUGUGCCGAACUUGUAAAACAAGUUCACCAUUAUGGUAAUAAUUAUAUUUGUGUAUAAGUAAAACUUAGUCUAGUCCAGAAUUUAAAAUCAAUUCUGCACAUUACCAUGCACAGUUUUCUUUUAAAUUAUUUUGUACGAUGAGAAUAUUGUAUUUCCUAUUUUUAAUGUACAGAGAAGCAGAAAAAUUUACUUAAAAUCUUUUUUUAUAUAUUUAAACUGGACUAUGUCAAUUUUUAACAAUAAAUGUAUUCCACAAUGUUGUAAUAUCGACUGCGCCUGGAAAAAAAACUGCAAACACUUUGAAAGUGCACAACAAAUACAAAAUAUAGCUUUUAUGUUACAACAGAAACAAUGUAUUUUCGUACUAAAAGUCUCAAGUACGCAGUGAUUUCCAAAAAUGUGAAACAAGUUAAUAUGGCACUGUUGUAGAAAUGUGUAGUUUUAACACCGUGCAAUAAUUACAAAUAUAUAAUCAACUCAUCCUCAAGCAUACAUUAGUCAUACAGCAUUGAUGAACAUCAAAAACUUUUAUCACUUAAUUAAUUUGUAUUGUAUACUAAAAAAACUUCAGUACAGAACAAACAGUGCCUAUUAUCGCUUUUUUGUACUAUGCAAGAGAAGUAAUUUGUGAAUUCAGCAAAGAGUAUGUAACUUCUAAAUUAAGAUGAAUUUACUGCUUCAUCUGUGCUCAGAGAACAGAGUAAUAUAUUAUAUAAAAAAUUUAAUAUAUACAUGAUACUGUAAUGUUGAUGUAAAGAGAACUGACUAGAAGAAUUUAAUUUUCAAUGGGUCAUGGCUUAAAUACAAAGAAAAGAAGUAUAACAAAAUAGUUAUUAAUUUGAUGCCCUGGAUUUCUAAGCUCCCUCUGCAGUGGAUUCUACUGUGCUUAUAAGCUCAAUAAACUGAACAACACGUGCCCCUCAGCAUAAUGUCCCUUUCUAAUGGGGCCUUAGAAGUACUGAUGUAUGUCAAACUUUUGACAGCAAUAUCCUUAUAAAUAACAUAAAAUGAGUUCACAUCACUUGAGAAGUGGCUUUUGUGUAACAUACCUUCAGCUCUUAAAUGUUUCUAGAACUAUAGAUAAUUGUACAUGUAAGCAACACCCUGCUAAUGUUAUUACUUGUACAAUGAAGUAAGCUCCUGUGGUUAUGAGAUACAAGUAAAACAUUUUUAAACUUGUAAUGCAGAAUGAAGUAUAAAUGAAUACCAAGAAAACUACUGCGCACAUUGACAAAAUGGUAAGAAAGUGUUGACAAAUAUAUAGGCACAUGAACAACAUGCUAAAUAUUGUAACUCAUGGUGUGAACUUGUAUUCUUCAGCAUACAAUUCUUCUGAUGCUGUAAUGUGUGUGUGUAUGUGUAUGUGUGUGUGUGUGUGUGUGUAAUGACUACAGUUUCUAUGUUCAGCUUCUAUAGCUAAGACCGUCUAUUAUACAGUAUGAGAACUAGCAAAACUAGGAAGCACAUGGAGAUUUUUACUUGCCAGCGGAAACAAGAGCAGGGCUGAAUGUUGAGUCUUUCCGUGCUAGUAACUAGACACAAAAAUUAGGACAGGCAAACAAUAACAUACUACUGAACAGUGAGUGACAAAUGGGACAUGCAGAAAAGCAUACAUGCAUGCAAAGAGAGAGAGAGAGAGAGAGAGAGAGAGAGAUUAUACUAAAACCAGAAAAAAUUUAAGUUAGAAAACUAGUGUAUUUACAUCUCACUCAGCAAUAUUUUCAAGUGAGGGGGUUGUCUGUCUGCAAUUUUGUGUAUGAUUUCCAAAUGGAAAAAAGAAACAUGACUUGAUGGAGGAAAGAAGUUAUACAAAUCAUUGAAUUAUGACUGAAAUAUGGGAUGGCAAAAGUGAAAUCAGAACUUCUCAUUAUUCAAAUCAAUCCUACAUUGCACAAUUUUUUGACUUCACAUUCAUAUGAGUCAUGUGACUAGCUGUUGUGGACUUGACCACUUCUGGCACUAAAUUGAGUACAAUUCCACGAUUUGAAAUUUUUUAUUUCAAAAUGGCUCUUAUUAUCACUGUACCAACUUUUUCAUUUGUCACAAAGUAUAAAUAAAAGUAUUUUCACAUCAUCUAAAUUUAAUAAUUAUAGACACAGAUACACAAAAAUGAAAGUCAUACUUAGCCAUAUACUGUUGCAAUAUCUGCAUUAAAAAGGUAAAAGUUGCGAAAUUAAUACCACCAUGAAGUACUGACUAAUGAAAUAUAAACAUCCAUAGGUAGUUAUACAAUCCUGUAAUGAUACAAAUCAGACCAACUAUUUACGUGCGCGUGUUAAGAACUAGGCAUCAUUUGAGAGGAAUUUUGAUUAGAAUAUUCUCUCUUUAUGUGCAGCAUUAGAAAAUGGAGACACUAAAAUUGCAAACACUUCAUCAUAGCAACACAUCACUGAUCAGCUGAGUGAACACAUGAUAAACUAGGUACCAGUGAUACCAUAAAUUCAGCUUGCAAUACAUAUUAAUUUACAAAAUUAUUAUUUUAUAUAACUGAAUUGAGUGAAUAUUUCCUUAAAAAUAUCUGGGAAGAACUGAUUCACUAAAAAGAAAUUUCUUUUUGCUCAGAUAUUAUGGAGCAAUGGUCAAAUGUUUUCUAGCGAUAUCUCUUACAGGCACAGGAUAUUAUAAAGCAGUGACAACACAGAAGCUGUUUUAUGGGAAGACAAAAGCAGUAAUCUAUAAAUAAAAAACAAUUCUUUGUUAGUCCCACACUAGCCAAAGCAGUCUUUCAUCAAGAACUUGCAGGUCAUGACUCUCUGAGCAGCCACCUCCAGCUUCAUCUGUGAAAGAUCACACUAACUACUGAAGCUAACACAAGUACUUAAUUUCUGGAAUCAAUUACUGUGUAAGUAUUUUGAUAUUUUACAUUUAGUAUCACAAUGGCCAAGCAAAUACAACCACAAUACUGUAUAUACAAAGCGAAGAAUAUUCUACAACAGAUAAUCAGUGAUUGCAGACUUAUAAUACACAGAAAAAUGUUCUGAGACUUGUCAGAAUUAUUUGGUGUGACUUGACAACUUACACACCUACACAAGAGCAGCCAGCAUCUGACAGGAGGAGGACAAUUUCGUCAAUUUCAUAAAACUUAAAACUAUUGAAAAAAUUGUGUGCAUUAAUCACCAAACUUACUAAUGUUAUCACUUUAAUAUAGGUACCUCCUAUCUACAAUGUUCGUAAACAA